AUAGGCUUUUUAUUUGGUAGGUUUUGACCGGAAGAUGAGUUUUAUUACAGCCUACAACUGAAACAUCAGUGGAAGUAUCUGCUCGGCUACUUCAGUCACUUUCUCUGAUAUCUGGACUCAGUCAUGUCGAACAACGCCGCCCCAAACAGCAGUUUAGUCAUCGCUCAGAAAGCAGUGAAGCAGCUUCGUCUAGAGGCCAGCGUCCGUCGGAUAAAGGUUUCUCAGGCUGCUGCUGAACUGAAGACCUUCUGUUUGCAAAAUGCUCACAAAGACCCUCUCCUCACCGGAGUGCCCUCCAGCGAUAACCCAUUCAGGCCUCCCAAGUCAUGUGUCCUCCUCUGAGGGUUGUGAAAGAGUGCAAAACACUCAUCAACAGACUCCUGAUCAUUCCGUUUUCUGUCAUGUGUCUCACUGGCACUGAAGAUAAAGAAGCACAGACCCAACACACAUGCACACGUGCACACACACACACACACACACACACACACACACACACACACACACACACACACACACACACACACUGGAGCAGCUGAGGAAUGAUGUCAACAAUUUCGGUUGAUAAAAUGUGCUAAAUGUAUCGUACUUAUUUUGAUAUGGUGUGUGUUUGCAGCUGAAAGAUGUUUCCUGUGCGUUUAUAAUGCAACCACUGGUUUCAUGUUACACUCUGUUCAAGGUUGAGAGGUCUAUACCAUGGCAGGUUUAUACAAUAAGCCUUAAUGUACAGGAUUUUUACUUUUUUUUUUUUUUUUAACAAACACCGACUACAUUAACCUCACCAAACUUUGCUGAUGAAAAAAAUGAUUUAACUUGAUACAAAUAGCAGAGGAAUUGUGUUAAAAUGACACUUUAGUUUAGUUAGAAUUCCAAGAUUUCUCAGUGUUCUGUUUUUUUAAGAUGUCAUAAUCUCAUGUCAUGUAAACAUAGCAGCAUACACUAAGCAUUGCUUGAUCUGAAAUUGAUCAAAACACUUGUGUUUGAAACAUAAAGUUGCAUUGAACAACUGCUAGCUAGCAAACUGACAUUGCCAUGUACCACUAAGGAAAUCUCCAGGGUGUCCAUAUUCUUUGAAUGGAACAUGGCAUAAAUAAAUAUGCAAGUACUUACAAUCACAAACUGACAGUUAGGUGUGGAGAGAACCUCAUGAUGUGGACUUUUGAUAUGUUUGACUGAAAAAGACAUUUUUUCUUAACGGGAAACCUUGAUUAUUGUUACAUUUGUAUGUAUUUAAUACAGUAAAACAAUUCACAUUGUCAUCCUGCCAGCUGUUGACCAUCAUGGUUACUCAUAGCUUUGCUUGCAUCUGUAGCAAACUGUUGCCAAUUGAUGCUACUGUAUGUAUAAUGUUU